CUUGGUUGCCGGUAUACACCUUUACGCUCAAUCCAAGGACACUAUAAAUACGCGCGGUUCAUCAAAACGCGCACAGUCUUUGCGGAGAACUCAAUAUGAACGGUCUGGUUGUAUUGGCAGCUUGCGUGUGCGCUACUAGUGCUCAGGUGCUUGUAAACCCCGCAUGGGUCAACCCAGGACAAUCUCAUCAGUUCCAUGCUCAGGAUGAGUUUGGACAAUUUUCUUUUGGAUAUGCCGGUGGUCCAUCUGCCAGAACUGAGUCUCGAGACGUUUAUGGGGUAACCCAGGGCUCCUACCAGUAUGUCGACGCUAAUGGUCUCCUCCAGACUGUCAACUACAUUGCUGAUCCCAUCAAUGGAUUCAGAGUUGCUGGAACCAACAUUCCCGCUGCUGUUGUUGCCCCUGAGGUCGCUGCUCUAGUCGGACCUUCCCCUGUUGAGGAAACCGCUGAGGUUGCUGCUGCUAAAGCUCAAUUCCAGGCGGCCUUCGAUGCUGCUGUUGCUGCUAAUGUUGAUGCUGUUGCUGCUGAUGCUUCCGCCGAAGUGGAAGAACCUGUUGUUGCUGAGAGAAAGAGACGUGAUGCCCAGGUUGUCUACAACGGACUCCCCUACCCAUAUGCUGCCGCAGCUGGAGUCUAUGCUGCUGCCCCUGCCCAGAUUGUUGCUAACAUUACCCCCGCCACAGCUGUUGUAUCAGCUGCUGCUCCCACUCUUGCCUACGCCGGAGCUCCAGCUCUUGCCUACGCCGGAGCACCCGCUCUUGCCUACGCCGGCGCACCUGUUCUGACCUAUGGUGCUGAGACAGAGACUGUCUCAGCCCCCGCUGCUCGUGAAGCUACCCUCACCACUGUCCAGCUUAACCCCGGACACGCCGUUUCCUACAGAGUCGACUAAACCCUUCUCAACUCCUCCGUCUUCAUGCAGACCCAGAAACCUCCAAUCUUUAACAUAUACCCUUGCAAUCUUUCAGAAUAUUUCACCAAGCAGUGACAACUCUUCCACUUCCUGCAGCUGCACUUUUUCACUUCCACCUUAGUAUCCUGUAUCUUCACUCCUACUUUCUAGUCUUAGUUGUAUUGACUCAGUUUUGGCAUAUAUUUAAGAAAAUUGUCCAAAUAUAAAAUAUAGAAAUUUUA